UCUAAUUGUGUGGGCAGAAUUUUUUUUUAAUUAAAAUGAUGAACGAUUACAGAUUAUAUUUUCUCACUCCCUUGUUCCUCCUUUUGAGUUGCUGGGUAAAUCCCUGCUCUCUUUGACAUGGGUCAGUCUGACCCAGCUAAUUAAUUUCCCCUUGAAAAGCCUCCUCGGUUGAAGAAUGGGACAGUGGGGUUUCUUUUUUUUUUUGAACAAAGCUAAAUGUGAGGUCAGCCACUCUGGAGAAAAAAAUGAUACAGACAAAAAGUGAUGAAAGACCUUCAGUUUUUGCAUUCCUAUGAAUAAAAACAGUUGUUUUUUUUUUGCUUCUUUUUGAAGCAGCUUUGUGCUUUAGACGUGCACUGUUGUCCAGCCUGUUCAGGGUGUUCUGCUAUGUAAUGGUACUUGUAAGUGUUCCUAAGCAACUAGUAAAGUAAAGGCUCAACCAAGGAUUUAGAAACACUUGAAUCACUGUGAUUAAUUUGGCAGAAGAAUGCUGAUCAUCUUUAAAACCAGAAGAGGAAGCACUGCGGGUCGUCAAACUGCUCUCUAGCUUAACCAGAGGAGUCAAGGACCAGAGAAGCAGAAGACACAGUGAGCCUGCUCAGGCGUGCAUGUGUGCGUGUGUACGUAUACCUGGCUGGAGUUGUGAAAAAGAUGCUGCCGCUGGAGACACUCACCAUCUGCCCCAUGAAACUUGAUACAAUGUUUGAAGCUAUCAUUCUUCUUCUUCUGCUGCUGCUGGCUCUGCUCCUCACCGCCUGGAGCAGAACAAAGCGCUCACACAUACCAGGUCCUUCCUUCUUGGCAGGACUCGGUCCGAUUCUCUCCUACGGCAGGUUCAUCUGGAUGGGGAUAGGAACGGCGAGCAACUACUACAACAACAAAUACGGCAGCAUGGUUCGCGUCUGGGUUAAUGGCGAGGAGACCCUCAUUCUCAGCAAGUCCUCUUCAGUGUACCAUGUUCUGAGGAGCGUCAACUACACAGCCAGAUUUGGGAGCAAAAAGGGGCUGGAGUGUAUUGGGAUGGAAGGGAGGGGUAUUAUUUUCAACAGUGAUGUGCCACUCUGGAAAAAAGUGAGGACAUAUUUUUCUAAAGCUCUGACAGGCCCUGGCCUCCAGAGGACAGCGGCAGUCUGCGUGAGCUCCACAACCAAACACCUGGACAGCCUGCAGGAGAUGACCGACCCCUCCGGACAUGUGGACGUUCUCAAUCUGCUGAGAGCCAUAGUGGUGGACAUCUCCAACAGGUUAUUCCUCAGGGUGCCUCUCAAUGAGAAGGACUUGCUGGUGAAAAUCCAAAACUACUAUGAGACCUGGCAAACAGUUAUAAUUAAGCCUGAUAUAUUUUUCAAAGUCGGAUGGCUGUACAACAAGCAUAAAAGAGCAGCCCAAGAGCUACAAGAUGUAAUGGAACACCUUCUUGAAAUUAAAAGAAAGAAAAUUAAUGAAUCAGAGAAGCUGGAUGACGAACGUGACUUUGCAACGGAGCUGAUCUUUUCCCAGAACCAUGGAGAGCUCUCAGCAGAUAACGUCAGGCAGUGCGUGCUGGAGAUGGUAAUCGCAGGACCUGACACGCUUUCCGUCAGCCUCUUCUUCAUGCUGAUGCUGCUGAGACAGAGGCCAGAUGUAGAGCUGAGAAUAGUGGAGGAGAUGAACUCUGUCGUGAGUGAAAAAGGAGCAGAAAAUGUUAAUUAUCAAAGCUUGAAAGUGCUGGAGAGUUUCAUCAACGAGUGUCUGAGGUUUCAUCCUGUGGUUGAUUUCACAAUGCGUAAAGCUCUAGAAGAUGACAACAUCGGAGGCACAAACAUUAAAAAAGGCACCAACAUCAUUCUCAACAUCGGUCGUAUGCAUAAGACUGAAUUCUUCCCAAAUCCUAAAGAAUUUUGCCUGAAGAACUUUGAUAAAACAGUGCCCAACCGUUUCUUCCAGCCCUUUGGCUGCGGGCCUCGUUCCUGCGUGGGCAGACAUAUCGCAAUGGUGAUGAUGAAGGCCAUCUUGGUCACUCUGCUGUCUCGUUACACCGUGUGCCCUUGCCGAGGCAGCACCCUCAGCAGCAUCAAGCAGACCAACAACCUGUCACGGCAGCCAAUGAAGGACGAUCACAGCCUGGCCAUGCGCUUCAUCCCUCGAACGACACCACCUCAACACACUCAAAUGUGAGACAUAACAGCACCGUUACACUGAGGAUGAAAACUACAACUGUUUCGCUGAAGACCUGCUACUCCCUGGACAAGAUGAAAGUGUGCAAAAAAUAUAAAUCCUAGCACUUAGGGUUAUUAUAUAUCAAAAAUAUUUAGAGCAAUUAAAUGGUAAAUUUGUGGUCAGAAAAGAAAUUAUGCUUACGUUGACAUAACUGACCUUUAACUAAUACAGUUGGAGGUUUCAGAGCAGUGCAAGAGUGGAUUUCUGACCCAUGUGGCGCAGUAUGGAAAGCCAGGGAGGACAUGGUUAAAGGUUUUGUUUUGCUGUCUUGAGGUCACAAAAUAUACAAAACAAAAAGACCAGAAAUAUGUGCAUGUCUCAGUGUAGUGACAAACUGUUCGAAACAAACUCUUACAUGAUUUAGUGGUUCAUGUUAAAGAUGCCUUGCGGAGUUUCCUUGUAAACAAACAAAAGUUAUGUUUAUAUUGGGUGUUACUCACCAAAACAUUAUGUGUAUCCUUGAGGCCAAACAAACACUUUGAAUGCACUUUUCUCCUCAUAAAACAUUUGUAGCAACAAUUUUUUAAGUAUUCUAAGUCCUGCCUUGUUUACAAUGGUUUGUUAGCUUGCAGUAAACUGUUUAUUGGCUGCAGGCAUUUGCAUGUGUGUCCUCUUGACGGCGUGUACGAUGAAAACAGACAAAACAGGGACACACACAGCGCUACUAGAGGUCAGAAACUCCACAGGGUAGUUUUAAUUAACCCUGCUAAUGAAGACACUACUAUCAUGUUAUAUCUCUUACUAAAUAUUAAGUAACACUAUGGUACAGUGAGUAGUGUUAGUAAACAUCACGCUGUAAUUUCAGCACACACUGGAAGGUAUGAAAUAUUAGCUACAUGCACAUCUUUUCUUCUUAUUUCUAAUUGGGCUCUGAUAGAUGUGAAUGGAAAUGUGGAUUAUGCAGAAGGGGGCAUCAAAUCGGUAAAAUGUUACUAAUAUUUUUGAUAUUUGCUGUCUUCUUAAUGCUUAUUCAAUACAUAUUUAAAAUAUUUUCAUGUAGCAAAUAUUAAAUGUAGACCUGUAUGAGAGGAAAAGGUAGUAUGAUGCAAAAGCACAUAGUUUAGCCAAUCCUUUACAACUCAGCUGCUCUAAACAUUUGGCUGCUAUUCAGCUUUUUAAUCCUUUUUUUGCCCUCCUAUUUCUUCAUUUUCUUCACCUCCCAUGUCCCUUAUAUAUUCUAUUUUUCACUCUACAUAUCUACACUGACAUAUUGUGUAUAGUGUCCGUUCUUUGCAACAUCUUUCUGUGAUAUAUAUUGUUAUAUGUUCUGUUUCUGUUGACUAAAUAAAAAAAA